UUUUCAAUUUAUGUUUUCACAUUCCAAUUAGUGUCCGCUGGUAGAACCCACGUGCCCACUCCACACCUUCCUCCUUUUCUCUUUCGAGUUUCCAACGCAACAACAGCCACAGGAGUUGUUGAAAAUAACAAACAUUUACUGUUGUUACCCUUCUACCUUCUCAGACGCACGCCACAACAAACACCUUCUCAGACACAACACAACACUAACAAACGUUUGCAACACCUCAGUUUCGGUUUUCCCAUAAUACAACUGUAACUACAUCAAACCAAAAGCCUAGUGUGAAAUUAUUGACUUCAAAUUUCAAAUCCACUUUGUCCCAUCCCACCUGGACUUCCACCUCAUCGCUCCUCUCAACGCCAUGAAAAUAGUGUGUGUUUUCUGACAUAGGAAUCUAUUCAACUUGAUCUUAUGACCUCCACAGAUAUCAGCAUUUGAUCAUAGGUCCUUUUUUGUUUUUGUGGCUGAGAGGAACUGAUUCCAAACUAUUCUAUAUGGGGGCUGGGGAAGAGAGCACAACUAAACCUUCAAAGUCAUCUUCAUCAGUUCAGGAGACACCAACAGUGCCUGCAUAUCCUGAUUGGUCAAGCUCCAUGCAGGCCUAUUAUUCUCCUGGAGCCACUCCACCCCCCUUUUUUGCCUCAACUGUUGCUUCACCAACUCCCCAUCCCUUUUUAUGGGGAAGCCAGCAUCCCUUGAUGCCGCCAUAUGGGACUCCAGUUCCAUAUCCAGCUUUAUAUCCUCCUGGGAGUAUCUAUCCUCAUCCAAGCAUGGCAGUGACUCCGAGUGUUAUCCAGCAAAGUACGGAGAUUGAAGGGAAGGGAGCUGAUGGAAAGGAUCGAGACUCGUCCAAAAAAUUGAAAGGAACUUCUGCAAAUACAGGUUCCAAAGCAGGAGAGAGUGGAAAGGCAGGCUCAGGUUCAGGCAAUGAUGGCAUGUCGCAAAGUGGUGAAAGUGGUUCGGAGGGUUCAUCAAAUGCCUGUGAUGAGAAUACUAACCAACAGGAAUCAGCUACAAACAAGAAGGGAAGCUUUGACUUGAUGCUUGUCGAUGGAGCCAAUGCCCAGAACAAUUCUGCGGGUGCCAUUUCUCAAUCUUCUGUGCCUGGAAAGCCUGUUGUCUCAAUGCCAGCUACUAAUCUUAAUAUUGGAAUGGACUUAUGGAACCCCUCAUCUGGUGGUGCAGAAGCUGCAAAAAUGAGACAUAAUCAAUCGGGUGCCCCAGGAGUUGUUGCCCUUGGUGAACAAUGGAUACAAGAUGAACGUGAGCUGAAAAGACAGAAGAGGAAACAGUCGAACAGAGAGUCAGCUAGGAGGUCAAGGUUACGCAAGCAGGCUGAGUGCGAAGACUUACAAAAGAGGGUGGAGACACUGGGAAGUGAGAAUCGAAAACUCAGAGAAGAGCUUCAGAGACUUUCUGAAGAAUGCGAGAAGCUUACAUCUGAAAAUAAUUCAAUCAAGGAAGAGUUGGAACGGAUGUGUGGGCCAGAAGCAGUUGCUGACCUUGGAUGAACCAUCGACACGUUCCUCGGUGUAGUGUUUGAUGGUAACGACAAAAUUUGAUAGUUUCUUAAUUAAGACGAAUCUGCAGCUGGAAUUUUCUUAUGAAUGGCCCGGUCUCUUAAUUGAGAAUAGGAUAUAAUGUUUUUCCUUGUUAUACUAAUUUAUAUCAUUAACCCUCAAUUGUAAUUGCCCUUAUGAUUUUACAUGUCAUUUGUUUGUAAUAUUUACCAACCAGUACCGUAGAAUAGACAAAUGUAGGCUACUUGAGCUCUUCUGUUCAGAACAUAGUUUUGCAACUGGUGUUGAGAGUCUUGCUUCAACUUUUGAAAUCUUCAUUACUUCACUUUAGACUCA